CUGGUCUCAAUUUAGACAGUCUCUCUCUCUCUCUCUCUCUCUCUCUCUCUCUGUAUGUGUGGAAAGGAGACGAAGGGGAAUCAACAAAUCUGCUCAAAAAGUCUGUCCUUUUUUUUCUCUCCUCUUUCCCCUCAAGCGAACCACUUCGUAAAGACCGUUUGGAAAUCUUGCUACCGAUUGAUUCAGCUGGAGCCUGGCAUUGACAAGAGAUUAUAGCAUUCGUGAAGCUACAGAAAAAAACAAUGGCAUUAAUUAGAAAAAUUAAUCAGGGCUUGCUGCUCUUAGUAAUUCUGACAUUUUGCCUGGUGCUAUAUAACAAAUUUCACAACACGCCACUCUAUGAGGAAGUAUCAGCUGAAGAACCUGAUUUUGAAACUCCACAUAGUUCAGUCCACACAGUGGAGGAGAGCAGGGCAGCAGAAGGUUUAAUACCGAUCAUAAUAUGUGCGACGGAUGACCGAAUGGGAGGAACGAUAGCAACAAUCAACAGCAUCUAUAAGAACACUAAAGCCAAAGUCUUUUUCUACAUAAUUACUCUGAGAGACUCUCUCAGCCAUCUAAGCAAAUGGAUUGAGAGCACAGAAUUGAAAGGCAUACAGUACAAGAUAAUGGAAUUCAACCCCGCUAUACUGGAGGGGAAAGUAAGACCAGAUUCUGCAAGGCCCGAGUUACUGCAGCCUCUCAACUUUGUCAGAUACUUCAUUCCUUAUCUCAUUCGUGAUCACGAGAAGGUGAUCUACUUGGACGAUGAUAUCAUUAUACAAGGCGAUAUCCAGGAGCUGUACAACAUCGUCCUGAGUCCCGGACACGCUGCUGCCUUCUCGACGGAUUGUGAUCUGACCUCAACUCACGAGAUGGUCAGGAGCAUGGGAAUGCAGACAACGUACAUGGGACACUUGGAUUACCGGAAGGCAACAGUCCGAGCUCUGGGGAUAAAUCCCACCACCUGUUCUUUUAAUGUCGGUGUCUUCGUUGCAAAUGUCACAGAGUGGAAGCGGCAACGAAUAACAAAGCAGCUGGAAAAGUGGCUGGUGGCAAAUGUGGAGGAGAAUCUAUACAGCAGUGCAUUGGGUGAAGGAGUGGUGACCCCUCCCAUGUUAAUAGUGUUUCACGAGAAGCACACAGUAUUGAAUCCGUUGUGGCAUAUUCGCCACCUGGGUUGGAGCCCUGAUGCCAGAUAUUCAGAACAUUUCCUUACUGAAGCAAAGUUGCUGCAUUGGAAUGGAAGAUUUAAACCCUGGGAUUAUCCCACUGCACACAUGGAAUUUUGGGAACGAUGGUAUCUUCCUGAUCCCACAGGGCAGUUCAGACUAGUGCGACCCAACAUUUAAGACCUGCGCUACCACUUAUUUUUAAUUCGACCUAACAAACUAGUUUACCAAUUGUAAUUCCCAGUAGUUAACCUUUUUUUAAAUUUGAAAGUAAAGAUAAUCUUUAUAGUUGAUCUUUUCUGCUUUUGGUAGGUACAUUUUCAGAAAACAAAUUUAUGCAAUCAAAGCAUAAUUAAAUUGAAUUUCAAUAGCUUAAAAAAAAAAUGGAACAAAUGGGCAUGAUUUUCACAAUCA